CUUGAAUAAAAAAUUUGGGAGAUGGGAGGAAACGGACGAAAAAGAUUGGAGAUAAGGGAAAGCAAAGUCCGAUCGACGAUCAGCCACCACUGAUUCGUUGCAACCGAAUUUUGCUUCCGUGUCAAGACUGAACAACCGAAUUCAAUUACAUACAACACAGCAGCAGCAGAUAAUAACAAUAAUAAUAGCUUACAUAAGGCGUCAGGGUUCUGCGGGAAGAAAGCGACCGCCCCUUUUUCUCUUCCCACUCGAGUGGCGUGGCGGUGGAGGUUUGUCAGGCCCCGCCGUUGAUUCCAUUUCUGCACCCGACCCUCUCUCUGCCGUUGCCAGGGCUCGGAGAAAAAAGUGCGAAUACCCCCGAGGAAGUUUUCCUCGAUUAGAUUCCCCGAUUUCCAUCUGCUGCUCACUGAAAUUGAUCGGAUACAGACUUAUCAAGAAGCAAAAUAUAGAAAGAAAGUUGCAAUCUUUUCCCCAGGCUGUAGGCCAUACACAAGAAAGCUGCGCUAUCGUACUGGUGGACCAAAUGGGUGAUAAUGAGAUUGGGGACGAAGAGGAUCUCUCACGUGUUAAAUCUGAUGUGGGGAGAUGGCCUGUUUUCUAUUAUGGGGUCGGUCACAUGCUUAAUGAUAUCACUUCUUCAUGCUGGUUUACUUAUCUCUUACUGUUCUUGGCAGACAUCGGACUCUCCCCAAGGGAUGCUGCAAUAGUCAUGCUUUCGGGGCAGAUAGCUGAUGGGUUUGCUACCGUUUUUACCGGGGAACUGAUAGACAGGUUUGGACAUUUCAAAGUAUGGCAUGGUGCCGGAUCGGUUUUAGUUGCAGUUUCAUUUUCCUCUGUUUUUGGAGGUUGCUUACCCUGUCGAAUCUUCAGUACCAGUUCAGUGGUGGAAACCACCUCAUACAGUGUAGCUGCUGCAAUCUUUAAUAUGGGUUGGGCUGCUGCUCAAGUUUCACAUAUGGCAAUGGUUAACUGCAUCUCAUUGAAUUCAACCUCUAGAGUAGUCCUGACAAGCUGCCGGAAUGCUUUUACCAUGGUUGCUAAUCUCAGCCUCUAUGCAAUUGCCUUGGUAGUCUUUAGUGUUAUUACAGGAAAAUCUCAUGCCGAUAUUCAGAAUCAGUACCGAUGGAUUGCAUAUUCAUCUAUCUUCAUUGGUUGCUGUUUUGUUGGGAUAUUUCAUUUCGGGACCAAAGAACCAAGGUUAAAGAUGAGCAUCCAUGGGAAUGACCAUAUGAGGAUAUCAUGGGCUUAUUGGUUCAAGAAAGCUUUAUACUAUCAAGUUGGCAUUGUAUAUGUACUCACCAGACUAGUACAAAAUGUUUCACAGGCAUACCUUGCCUUUUAUGUUAUUCAAGAUUUGCACAUGGCUCAGUCAGCUAAAGCUUUGGUUCCUGCAAUCAUCUAUAUCAGUAGCUUUGUAGUCUCUAUCAUGAUGCAGGAAGUAUCAUGGACUGGCCAACGCCUAAAAGCUUACUUUUCCAUCGGUGGAAUCCUUUGGGUCUUUUGUGGUGCAAGCAUCAUUCUUUUACCUUCCAACAUGAAAGUUUACAUGUACGUCAUAUCGGCAUUCAUUGGCGUAGCUAAUGCUCUGAUGAUGGUAACUGCAGUAAGCAUGCAGAGCGUCCUAGUUGGUUUGGAUCUCAAUGGCUGUGCAUUCGUCUACGGAUCCCUGAGCUUCCUUGACAAGAUCUCUUGUGGGAUUGCACUUUAUGUCCUUCAGUCAUUUCAAAGCGGGGCCUCACCAGUAGCCCCAGCAGCAGAUGGUGGCCUAUCUUCUUCAGGUUAUGUUUCGGUAACAAGAUAUGGUCUAGGUCUAGUUCCGGCUGUUAGUUCACUCGUGGGAGUUGGUGUGACAUUGACAAUGAAACUCCAUACACAUUCAGGAUCCCUCACAAAGCCAUUGUUGGAGUAGGGUUACUUAUUUUGCAAGAACACGCCAUAGCUUCCUUCUGUUCCUGUCUUUUGAACUAGUUCAUGAAACCAUGAAUUAACCACUUCGCACAUACAGGAACCAAGUUGGAUCUUUAACUCUGUACAUGUUUGUUGGGAACACCUUGCCAGUAUACAUGUUAUUAACCCAUAACAUUGUAAAGCUACAUUCAUAAUUUGAUAGAAGAUUUGAAUUUUGUCCAUGACACAUGAAAUCCCUUUGUCCAUGACACAUGAAAUCCCUUACUAGGUAACAUCUUGCAAGCAUCUUGAGAACAGCUCUCAUACCACAAUCACGAAUCAGUUCAUCUUCGUUCUCGUUGCCCGGAAUGCAUGUGUUGGCCAUCUGUGCUACUACCGGAAAGUCACCUUGGCCAAAGAGUCUUCAGUCGAAGAAUGCAUGUAACGGCUCAUCUAACAUUUCUCUAACUAGCUUUGUACAUGCGGGAAUCAGUGUGUUCGUUAAUUAUGAAUGGUACAUCCUUCAGCCACUUCCCCUCUUGUAAAUCUAUGUUUGAACCAUGUCAAAGUCCAUUCCAAAUUUUAUUCUUAGCUUAAACAAAGCUGGUGUACCAAUGCUUCCUCUUGCUCUCGUCCUACAGGAAACGAUAAACCAGCAUUCUCUCACGGGCUACACGUUUCUAAAUACUUUAAGUCCAAAGCACACAACUCUACACUACAUCGAGAGCCAAACAAAUUCGGACAGUGAUGUAAGGCUGAUGACUGGGCUGAUCAAGAGUCGGAACUCAA